GGUUAUGCUCGAAUUAGGCGGAAAGUCACCAAGUAUCAUAUUCGCUGAUUCUAAUCUCGAUACUGCUGUCAAAUUUACUCAUAACGGAAGUUUUUUUAACCACGGUCAAUGUUGUUGUGCUGCUACCCGUAUUUACGUUGAGGAAUGCGUUUAUGAUAAAUUUCUUAAGAAAUUUAAAGCAAAUACUGAAGCUAUUAAAAUUGGCGAUCCGUUUGAAA